UCUCACGCCUCUUCAUUCUAAGACUCAGCUCGUGGCAGCUGAGUCUCUCUCCGACUUUCAACAACAGCAGGCCGCUCCAGAUAUCUCACAGAAUACUUUCGACGAAAUAAAUACAAGUGAAAAGUAUUCAAGAUGGACACUGAAGAGUUCCGCGUUAGAGGCAAGGCGAUGGUGGAUUAUAUCUGCAAGUACAUGAAUACUCUGUCUACAAGAAGGGUGACUCCGUCUGUGGAGCCAGGCUAUCUCCGCGAUUGUCUGCCAUCUGAAGCCCCAGUAUACCCGGAGCCCUGGGACGAUGUAAUGCGAGAUAUUGAGAAGAAGAUAAUGCCUGGUGUCACACACUGGCAACAUCCUCGUUUCCACGCCUAUUUCCCAGCUGGCAAUGGGUACCCAUCAAUUCUUGGUGACAUGCUGUCCAGUGGUAUCGGUUGCGUUGGAUUUUCUUGGGCUGCAAGCCCUGCGUGCACAGAACUGGAAAUUAUAAUGCUGGACUGGAUGGGUAAAGCCAUCGGUCUACCUUCGUCAUUUCUGACUUCAGAUGAAGACAGCAAGGGUGGGGGUGUAAUCGAAGGUUCUGCAAGUGAAUGUAUUCUUGUUGUAAUGCUGGCAGCUCGUGCUGCAGCUAUUAAGUAUCUGAAGAAGAAAUAUCCAACAGUUGACGAAGGUCUUUUGCUGUCUCAGCUCAUAGCGUACUGUUCCAAAGAAGCUCAUUCAUGUGUGGAGAAGGCGGCUAUGAUUUCGUUCGUGAAACUACGAAUUCUACCACCAGAUGAAGAUGGAAGCUUAAGGGGCCCAACUCUGAAAGAGGCAAUGGAGCAAGAUGUGAAAUCUGGCUUCUUUCCAUUUUUUGUAUCAACAACGUUGGGAACGACCUCUUGCUGCUCGUUUGAUAAUCUGCCCGAGAUUGGUCCAGUUGUGAAGAAGUUUCCAUCUGUUUGGUUACACGUGGACGCUGCAUAUGCUGGCAGCUCCUUCCUGUGUCCCGAGAACAAACAUCACCUUGCAGGAGUAGAAUACGCGGACUCCUUCAACACCAAUCCUAAUAAAAUGAUGCUUACAGCUUUUGAUUGUUCUCUGUUAUGGGUAACUAAUAAAUAUCUGUUGACAUCAGCUCUAGUAGUGGACCCCCUUUAUCUGCAGCACAUCUAUGAUCAUAAAGUCAUUGACUACCGCCAUUGGGGCAUAUCGUUGAGUCGACGUUUUCGGUCAUUAAAACUCUGGUUCAUGCUAAGGAGUUUCGGAAUAUCAGGACUUCAAAAGUACAUACGUCUUCAUUGCGAUCUAGCAAAGUAUUUUGAACAGCUAGUCAAGAAAGAUAAAAGAUUUGAAGUCUGCAAUAAUGUCAUGCUAGGCCUUGUAUGCUUCCGUUUAUUGGGAGGCCCGGAGGAUCCGCCUCAGAAGGUAGAUGAACUGAAUAAGAAACUGCUCACAAAUAUUAAUGCUUCUGGAAAGAUCCACAUGAUACCGGCACUGCUGCGGGACCAAUUUGUAAUCCGUUUCUGUGUUAUCAACCAACAUGCAACUCAGGAGGAUAUGGAUGCGGCUUGGGAAGUGAUUGGAGACUAUGCAACUGAAUUGGUUGAAGGCCCAGAUAAAGAAAGAGAACUGAAUGACGAUCGCACGCUCCGAUCUCGCGCUGCUUUGGCUCACAAGCGUUCGUUCUUCGUGCGAAUGGUCAGCGACCCGAAGAUCUACAAUCCAACGAUUAACAAGAGUCCACCACCACAGCCGCAGACUCCAAACUCUCCGCCGCCAGUGGUGCUCACACCUCCUGGAACUCUGUCAGAUCCCGGGUCGUCUGAACUGGCUCUGUCGACACCGAAGUCAUGGAUAAGCUGGCCACUUGCAUUUUUCUUUCAAAGUGCAGAUCAUGACACAAACGACUUGCCGUUGAGAUUCCGUCAUUUGGACACCACAGUUAGUCUGAAAAGUCCCAACCACGGCCAAGGGCAUGGACGUCGCUCUUCGUCCCCAUCUGCUUCACCUGAACGAAGAUCGUGAUCUCCUUCCACUCAAUAAUUUAUUAUUAUAUUAUAUUUAUGAUCUGCAUACUAUAUAACAUUGUUAUGAGAAUCGAUUUUGAUUAUUAUGCUAAAAUCAAUUACUACUCCUAAUAAUGAUUAAUAAAGGCUUCUAAAUGUACGAA